AUAUUGCAUUGGCGGAAACAGGUCACAGGCGUGUUAUGUGCGCAUGCGCGUUCCUUCCUCUUCCUUUCCGACGCCUGAGCGAAAAGAGACAAGAUGGGCCAUCAGCAGCUCUACUGGAGUCACCCUAGAAAAUUCGGUCAGGGAUCCCGAUCCUGCCGGGUUUGCUCGAACAGACAUGGUCUGAUCCGUAAAUACGGACUCAACAUGUGCCGCCAGUGCUUCAGGCAAUACGCUAAAGACAUCGGCUUCGUGAAGCUGGAUUAAAUGUAUCAGGAGACUGAAGAUUCGUCACCCGGGCCAAACAGUCUUUGGAAGGCGAGCUGAAAUGGGGAAAAUUAAACUCGGCAAAUAAACUUUUUUUUUUGUUCUAAUAAGCCUGA